GGGGGACGGUGCUGAAAGAGAGGCUCAAACUGGUGCCAGUGUAGUGGCCCCUCAGGGCUGACUCGCUGUCCGGGUCCAGUGAGUGCCCAGCUCUAGCAGCAGAACCCAUCAGCCUCCGUCCUCGCCAUAUUCCCAAACUCUCCAGGUGACUGAACCUGAAGGCCCAAAAUGUUUUGAGAUGCCCACAUAACCUCGACUCACUGUCUCUGUCCCUGUCUGUUUCUCUCUCCCUCUUUCUCUCUACCUAUCUCUCUCACUGUCUGUCUCCCUUUCUCUCUCUGCCCCACCCUCCUCUCUCUGCUUCUCACACAGUAUUAAAAAUCCUGCUCCUCUAGCACACAUUAACCUACAUCCCAAUAGACUCCCAUGAUACCCAGGAGCUGGCUUCUGAUCCUGCCGACUCCAUCAAUUCUCGGUAUCAGGAAAAUGUCUAGAAGCUUUGCUGUAGCCCAGGUAGACUUUGCAGUGAUGGGCAGCAGAGAGAGCCCUCUUCAGUUUGUCUCUCUCCAUAUCUCCAGCAGUUAGGACAGUCCCUGGCAACAUAAUAGGUGCCUAAUUUUGCCAACUGAUUUAGAGCUGUCUCUGUCGCCCCUGCCAAUGGGCAGCCAAGCAUCGAGGUGCUUCUCAGAGAACCCGCUUCUCCAGGAUUAGGUGGCUAUGAGAAGACUUUGGAACCGAUGGGACCCCUUUUUGGGCCCAGGCUAGAAAGGAUGUCAAAUCACAGAACUGUCAAGGAGCGUGCGGUAACUUAGCUCCCGACCCUUCCUUUCUCAAUGAGGGUCUGUCCCUAGCUCGUCUCGGAGACUCAGACACUCCCUCAGACUCUCAGCUUCCCGAUCCUCAGUGUGUGCACAGUUCUCACGGCCACCUCAGCCCCACACACAGCGGCUUACAUUCUUGAUUCACCAACUCUGAAUAAUCUUUUUUUUUUUUUUAAUUUUAUAACUUUUUAUUGACAGAACCCAUGCCAGGGUAAUUUUUUACAGCAUUAUCCCUUGCACUCACUUCUGUUCCGAUUUUUCCCGUCCCUCCUUCCACCCCCUCCCCCAGAUGGCAAGCAGUCCUUUACAUGUUGAAUAGGUUACAGUAUGUCCUAGAUACAAUAUAUGUGUGCAGAACUGAACAGUUCUCUUGUUGCACAGGGAGAAUUGGAUUCAGAAGGUAUAAAUAACCCGGGAAGAAGAACAAAAAUGCAAGCAGUUUAUAUUCAUUUCCCAGUGACUGAACUCUGAAUAAUCUGCUGCCAUUGCAACUGCCCCUUUGUGGCCAGGUGCUCUCCGAGCCCAUGAUGCUUCAGGCCAUUCGCCCUGCACUGGCUGCACUCUCCCACUCUGCCAACAAUCUUGCUGAACCUAAGCAUACAUAUAAAAUAACACAAGCAUUGCUCCUGCUCCUGUUCACAGGCUGCUGAGCUUCAGUGACAUAAUCGCAGAAAGAGCUCACACUUAUAUGGCACACAGAGUUUGUAAAGUGCUUUACAAAAAUUCUGCACAAACACUGUAAGAUAGUACUCUCUCAUUCUGCAGAUAAGGACCCACCGUUGUGACUCGUUAUCCCCACUCAUGGGGAGUGGUUGGAAGACUGGACCUGGAGUCAGGUGGAAUCUUGCCUCAUGCACAAGUGGUAUGAGCCUAGGUGAACUGUUGCCUCAGUUUUCCUCAUCCGUAAAAUGGUGAUAACAUUGCACCAACCUCCCACAAUGAUUGUAAGGGCCAAAUGAGAUAACAUGUAAAAGUGAUUUUCAAACCUUCAAGUUAAAUAGUUAACUUAUAAAGGCAAGGAUGGAUGGAGGGCCUAGGGAGUUAGGAGAAAUGUGGCAAAGGGAGAGACAUGGAAGGUCAUGAAAUUAAGAUUAUCAAGGGGAUGCUGAGCUGAAGAUACUAGAGUCUAGGAGGGAAGCUGAAACUCCUCCAUCUGGUGAACUACAGCAGCGGGUGGUGUUCCCUCAUUUCAGUGCUGUCUCAUUCUGCAUAACCCCAUGUGGGAUCAUUUGACAGAUGAGGAAACUGAGGCAGUGAAGUGACAUGCCCAAGAUCAUACAGCUAGUGAGUGUUUGAGGCCAAAUCUGAAUCUAUGUGAAUACAUAUAGAAUAAUACAAUAAUAUCCAACAUUAUGUAUCAUAUUUAGCAGGUGUAGGGUAUGUUCAGAGAAGACUAGUACCUCUGGUGUGAAGGCUGCUUUCCACCUUUGGUGUCCACCUGAUCCACCCCUUACCUGUGGCUCCAAGAAGCUAUAGCAUGCACAACAGGUGCACCCUGAUAAACCAUUUCUGCAGAUGGGGUAAACCAGGUUGAGGAUAACCCAAGGGUUUCAAAUCCUAUGGUGAGUUGGGGGAGGAGUCUACGCCAGGCAGGUAAAGACUUCCCCUGGUGUAACAGUCAGAUGAGAACAAUUUGUUCCAAUGGCCAUGAAGGCAGGGGAAGCAGAUGCUAUGGAGUGCUUGGAACUUGGUCAGACACAGAAGCCACCAAGGUCAUCCCCCGCGUCUCGAGCCAUCAUCAAUCUGUCCUGCCACUGGACAAUGGUGGCUCCAGACUUAACUCUGCCUCACUUAAACCCAAUUUAUGCGUGAACCAGAAGACAUUACCGUACCACUUGGACAUUUCUAUCUAUCUCAAAGUCCUGUGGUGAUGGGCAAGUGAAGAAGCAGCAGGUGUGGAUAACUGGGAGCUGUAGUCACAGUCCUGAACACAGGCGGCUCAGGCCAUAGCUUCAUCUUCUCACUGGAAGCAGGAUUUGGCAGCUCCAUGUGUGAGAAGGGGGCUAGAAAAGAUGCUUACCAAAUCCUGGCCUGAUUACCACAGCAGGCAGGGAUCCCACUCUGCAGUUGAGACACUAAAAAAUAUACAAAUGCUUCUGAAAAGCUGAUUCUUCUCGUCGUUGGUACAUGAAUUGUGCAUACACUUAUAGAUAACACAAAAUCCAGGAGACCUGGAGAGAACUUAACAGAUAUUGCAUCCAAAGAGCAUCCCCGAGUGAAACAAGGCUGGCAAAUGAAGGCUUGCUUCAUGAAGUAGGAACUGGAUACAUGUUUUCCUGGAGUGGAUGCAGUGAAAGAGAGCACCAUGAAGCUAGUGUAGGUUUUGCAAUCAAAACUAAUCUAGUAAACAAGCUUGUAUACCUUCUGAAAGGAGUGAAUGAGAGGCUUAUGACAAUGCAACUGUCACUUGCAAGAUUGCCAUUAUCUCAUCAGUAUCUACGUUCCCACUGAUGACAAACCCUGAUGAAGUCAAAGAAAAAUUUCAUGAAGACCUGGAGACUCUUCUCAGUGCACCAAAAGAGGCCAGGCUUACCAUUCUGGGUGACUUUAAUGAUGGAGUAAAUUCAGACUACGAGAUAUAGCAGGGAGUCCUCGGGAGGAAUGGAGUUGGAAACAGCAUCAGCAAUGGUCAUGUACAUCAUCAUCAACCCUGUAUUCCCUUUCUCUAAAUGCAGUAAAACCUCAUGGAUGCACCCUUGCAGCAGACAGUGGCACUUAAUAGACUAUGUAAUCGUAAGGAGAAGAGACAGGCAGGAUGUGAGAGUGAGCAAGGCACUGUGCGGCGCAGAGUGCUGGAGUGAUCAUAGACUUAGCCUCUCCAAGCUGAAUAUUCACAUUCCACAAAAAUGGCAGCCCAAAAAAGACCGCUAGAAGAAUUGAUGUAAGUAGAUUAGUUUGCUUCUCUGAGAGAUAACAGUUUGUUACCAACUGGGAGGGUAAGUUGAGCCAAAAAAACGUGGCAACAAUGGAGCAGAAAAGGAGGGGGCAGCUUUCGGAGGUUUAGUAUACAGCACUGCAUUUGCUCAUCUGAAUCAGAACCUAAACAUCAAGACUGGUUCAAUGAAAACCAUGGGGAAAUUAUGACUGAUUAGUCAUAAGGACAUAAUCCUGGAGAGACGGACUGAUCCCUUCCAUUUUGUUCUCAACAGACUCUCAUCCAUCAAUGCUGAAACGACUGACUGUUUGCCUCCGGUUGGAAUCGCUCACUCCCCUCCACCUGAGGAAGAGGUUUUGAAUGCCCUUCGCUCCUCCCACGUGGCAAAGCACUGGGUCCGCGUUCUGCUCCGGCUGGGAUUUACAAGGCGAUUGCUCACACAGACGCUGACUGAAAUUUGCCAGGUUACGCGGCAAGAGGCAGUUACGGCCCAGGAGGGCCGCCUGUGACAGUUCCGGGAGCGGGGGAGUGGCUCUCAGUCAGGGCUCGCUUAAUAGACUACCCCGACCCCUAGAAAAAGCCCAUCUACUUGGGCCCAAAGGAAACCAGAGAUGCGCGAAACCAAGGGAACCCCCCGGAACGUUCCUAAGGACUCUUUGUGGCUGACUCAGCGCAGAGCGCUCUGGGCUCAUGUUGGUCUGGUCUGCCCUCGUCAGACAUAGUGUAACUGGACACAAUUAUGUAACAACAAUAUGUAACACAAUAUUACAACAUAUAACAUGAUACUUAAUGUGGUAUUUAACAGCACAGUGUUAUAUAACAAGUUUACAUAUGUGGGGGGAGGGGUGCCGGAGGUUGCUUACAUGGCUGCAGAGACAGUGCGGGCGGGGAGACCCAUCAAGUGAGAGAACUCGCUCUCCGCAGAUCCGGGACCACUGGAGACGCUUCAUCAGUGCUUGUUCUUCUGCCCCAGGGCCUGAGCGGAGGUGGCCCGUAGGAACGGCGAGCCCCAGGCCUCUCGGCCUCUCCGUACUCCAAGCAGCCCUCUUCACACGGUCCCGCCAGGAGCAGGCGCAGGACUAGGCUAGGCGCGGGGACAGGCCUGGCAACAGCGCGCGUCCAGGAGUUUGCUUUUGGCCCUCUGCGGCCUCCGUAGCUGGGGCGGUCCGCGGUCCCUUUAAGAUAGGGUUGGCCCCCGAACGGGUUAGGAAGCUCGGCGGAAGUGCGACGGCCACGCGCAGCCAAAACAAUGGCGACGGCGGCGAAGCGGCCAAGGGCGGAAAGAACCUCCGGAGGCGGGGACAAGCCUCUCCUGGCCUUCCUAAACUGGUGUCGAGAGGUUGGACUGGAGCUGAGUCCCAAGGUUUCCGUGAGCCGGGAAGGCACCGUGUCUGGCUAUGGGAUGGUAGCCCUGGAGGAUGUGCAGCGCGGGGAGCUGCUCUUCGUGGUGCCUCGGGCUGUGCUCCUCUCCCAGAAGACUACCUCUAUCAGGGGCCUCCUGGAGAAAGAGCAUGGGGCCCUGCAGAGCCAGUCGGGCUGGGUGCCCCUUCUUCUGGCCCUCCUCUACGAAUACCUGGCAGAGGAUUCUCCCUGGAAGUGCUAUUUCUCCCUCUGGCCGGAUCUGGGCAGCCUGCGGCACCCUAUGUUCUGGUCCGAGGAAGAACGGAAACAGCUCCUACAGGGCACUGGUGUGCCUGAAGCUGUGGAAAGGGACCUAGCCAGCAUCAGCUACGAGUAUGGUACCAUCGUCCUGCCCUUCUUGGAGGCCCACCCCGAUGUCUUUCCCCUCCAGGCCCAAUCUCUGGAACUCUACCGCCAACUGGUGGCGAUGGUCAUGGCCUACAGUUUUCAGGAGCCCCUUGAAGAGGAGGAGGAGGAGGAAGAGGAGCCCAACCCCCCUAUGAUGGUACCAGCUGCUGAUAUCUUGAACCAUGUGGCCAACCACAAUGCCAAUCUGGAAUACUCCCCAGAAUGUUUAAAAAUGGUAGCUACCCAGCCAAUCCCCAAAGGCCAAGAGAUCUUUAACACCUAUGGCCAGAUGGCCAACUGGCAGCUGAUCCACAUGUACGGCUUUGCCGAACCAUAUCCCGGGAACACUGAUGACUCGGCUGACAUUCAGAUGGCCACAGUGCGGGCGGCAGCCCUACAGGGCGCCACAACAGAGGCAGAGACGCGCCUGAUGGGGGAGCGCUGGGAUUUCUUGUGCCAGCUGGAGAUGGUAGGCGAGGAGGGCGCCUUUGUAAUUGGCAGAGAAGAGGUGAUUACUGAGGAGGAGCUGUCUGCUACACUCAAGGUGCUUUGCAUGCCAGCUAAGGAAUUCAGGCAACUUAAGAAACGAGACAGCUGGGAGGAAGAUGGCGAGAACAGCUUAAUUCUGACAAAUGAGACUAUCCCCAAACUAAAAGCUUCUUGGAAGAUGCUUCUCCGAAACAGCACCCUCCUGACCUUGCAGGCUUACGCCACAGACUUAAAAAGUGACCAAGAACUACUUCAUGAUAAGGAGGCUCGGGCCAAACUCAGCUGGAAGGAAGAGCAGGCCUUGCACGUGCGUUACGGGCAGAAGAGGAUCUUGCACCAGCUGUUGGAACUGACCAGCUCCUAACCUCUGGUCUCCCCUUCUCUCCUCAAACCAGGGAAGCAGAUGAGCAAAAAUCACUUCUCAGUCAGUCAUUUGGAUCUGCUAGGUCGAAUUUCCAGGCUCUGGACUUUUAGUGUACCUUUUUGUUGACUUUCUAUUUGUGCUAUAUAAAAUUGCUUAGUUCACUUAA